UACUCACUGUGAUGUUUAGUCGAUGAGCAUUUAUAAUGAUAAUCUGGAUAUAAACAAAGCAGCGAUUUACUCGUUAUUCUAGCAAAAAAAAAUAUUUUAUAUUAUUCUCCAGUAAUCGAUGAAAUAAGAUUUCAAUUCUUUAUCGUGAUGGCAGAAAUAAAUUCUACGCAAUCAGCUCGGAGGAAAUAUCUCAGCAUGGCCGUAUCAUCGGAAUUGUUGGAACAUGAAUUUGAGAGUGCCGAUAGGGAAUGUGUUGAAACGCUCACGGAGAUGAUGCAAAGUUUCAUUGUCGAACUGGGUCAGUCUGCCCGUAACUAUUGUGAGCUAGCCGGGCGCACCCAACCUGUAAUCGGAGACAUUGUAAUUGCGCUCAUAAACAUGGGAAUUCCUGUGAAAGGUUUAGAAUCUUACGCCAGGAAAGACGGCCGUCAAGUUUUGCCUCAGCCACAACAGGCCCAGGCUCAAAAACAACUCAGUAUUCUGCAGGCUGGUCAAAAAAACUCGCAUCCAUCACACAUACCCAACUAUCUACCAGCGCUGCCGGAUCCGCACGCGUAUAUCAGAACACCGACUUACAAACAACCAGUAACCGAGUACGAAGCUAUCCGCGAAAAGGCAGCCUCGCAGAAGCGGGAUGUCGAGAAAGCGCUCACCAGGUUUCUUGCUAAAACUAGCGACGUACACAGUUUGUUCGAUAACGAAGACAACCCGAUGUUUCCGCUCAUUGCCUGCAAACCAUCAUUCCCACCGUAUCUGCAGGCAUUAAAUCCAACAGAUCAGAUUUUCGACUUUGAAGAGUUGGAAUACUACUACCAGGUGGCCAAUCGGAAGGAAGAUCCGGCCGACAGUAAGGAUGCCGAUGACGACGACGACGAUGGUGAUGAUGAAGACAAGAAAGAUGACAAGGAUAACGACGAGAAGGAUACGGAAUCGGGCAGAGGAGAAUCGAAUAAUGGUAGCGGUGGUGGUGGAGGCAAAACCGGUGGAGAAGCUAAAAUGGGUCCUCCGACAGUGACGGUUUCCACGGCCAGCGGCAACAUUACGACUGCGCAGAUAAACUUGACUAACAACAGUCCAACGAUUGACAAUCCGUAUCUUCGGGCGGCAACUAUUCCGAGAAAGGUGAAAAGUGAAACUGGCUCGGGGGUGUUUUAGUUUUGGUAGUGUUUUCAAGCGAAGCAUGAAUAAAUUAAUAUUUUAAACUGAA